AUGGAAGACAACAAGCAAUCUUUCAGUAAAAACCUACAAGACACGACGCCAGUGUCCAAGCACACGCCUGUUUCUAAUCAGAGCGAUGGCUGCUCCGUCGUUGUUGAGAGUUCUCUCGACGUACCCGUCAGCUUUGGCCUCCUCUCUCUGACCGGUUUGGGUAUUCUCAUCGGAGUCGUCUGGCCUGCCUCUGGUGGUUCGAUACAGGUCGCAAUUUUCAAUGGCGGAUCUCCAGGCGUCCUCUACGAGUUCCUUGUCGUGUCAAUAUUCUACCUUGUGGUCACUAUAUCUCUCGCCGAGCUGGCAAGCGCCAUGCCUUCCAGCGCCGGUGUUUACUACUGGGCCUCUGUGACACCCGGUAGACGAGCCGGUCGAGUUGUUGGGUUCUUUGCGGGCUGGUGGAACUAUCUCGCUUGGAUAUGUGGCGCCGCAAGCAUGGCCGCUAUAUGGAGCAGCAGUAUCCUCCAGAUCUAUGCUCUGAAACAUCCCGACUAUACUGUCAAAGAGGUUCAUGUCUUUAUUGUUUAUGUGAUCACCACUUGGCUGGCUUGCUUUUCAGUCUGCUUCGCGGGCCGCGCAAUGCCCAUGCUUAACCAGUUCGGCAUCUAUUGGCUCCUGAGCGGGCUCGUCAUCACCAUUGUGGUCCUUGCUGUUGUACCUACCCAGCCUGGUGGAGGCGGUCAUGCGACUUCUUCUUUCGUAUGGCUCGAGUGGCAAGCUGAAAAUGGCUACCCAGAUGCCAUCGUCUUCCUUGCCGGUAUGUUGAACGGAGCUUACAGCAUUGGAUGUCCUGCCGCCGUCAGCCAUUUGGCCGAGGAGAUCCCGCGUCCUGAGCGGAAUGUUCCCAUUGCCAUGGCUCUUCAGACUGUCACCGGGUUCAUUACUGGCUUCUUGUACCUCGUCACGCUCAUGUACUCCAUUAGUGACUACGACAUGAUCUUUACAAGUCAAUUCCCACUUGCUGAGAUCUACCUCCAAGCUACUGGCUCAGCCAAUGGCACGAUCUGCCUACUCAUACUCAUGCAGAUAUGUAUUGGGCUGACCAUCAUCGGCCUUUAUAUCACAAGCGGACGGGCAUUGUGGGCAAUGAGUCGCGACGGGGCGGUACCAUGGCCAUCAGCCUUCUCAAACUUCAACACGAAGUUCGAUGCCCCUAUCAACGCAACUGUGGCAUCGGCAGUGCUCAGUACCUUGAUGGGGUGUAUAUAUGUCGGAAGCACGAGUGCUUUCAACGCCUUUGUUGGCUCUUACGUGCUCAUGUCCUCCUCGGCGUAUAUCGCUGCCAUCUUACCACAUUUUUUCACAGGAAGAAAGAAUAUCGUGUACGGUCCUAUGCGCAUGGGCAAAAAGCUGGGCUUUGCAGCCAACGCCAUCGCCAGCACUUAUAUGGUGUUUGCCUUCGUCAUCUACUGCUUGCCCUUUUCUCUUCCAGUUACUGCCCAGAACAUGAAUUAUGCCUCUCUUGUCUGGGGUGGUUCCACGCUGAUACUGGGCAUCUACUGGGCGUGGAAAGGAAGCCACGGGUACAUUGGGCCGGUGAGGGAGGUAGCUGGUUAA